GUCGCCAGCAUAGAGCACGGCUAUGGUGCCCAGGUCGCCAGCGUCGAGCACGGCUAUGGUGCCCAGCUCGGCAGUGUGGAGCACGGCUAUGUCGCCCAGGUCGCCAGCGUGGAGGACGGCAAUGGCGCCCAGAUCGCCAGUGUGGAGCACGUCUAUGGCGCCCAGGUCGCCAACGUGGAGCACGGCUAUGGCGCCCAGGUCGCCAGCGUGGAGCAGGGCUAUAGUGCCAGAUAAGUACUGCUGAAGCAG